GAUAAAUCUGUUGUGGCUUCCGUUUCCCAGGUUGGUAGACUUUGUAGUUGACCUCUCCUACUUUUUCAACCACCUCAAAGGGACCCUGCCACUUAGCCAGGAACUUGCUUUCAACCGUGGGAACCAGUACCAACACUCGGUCCCCGGGGCUGAAAGUACGGACCUUGGCACCCCGAUUAUAGACCCUCCUCUGGGCCUCCUGGGCUCGCUCCAUAUGUUCACGAACCAGGGGCAAGACAGCUGCGAUUCGAUCCUGCAUCAAGGAGACAUGCUCUAUGACGCUUCGAUACGGGGUGGCCUCUCCUUCCCACGUUUCUUUGGCGACAUCUAGCAGCCCCCUGGGAUGUCUACCAUACAAGAGCUCAAAGGGGGAAUACCCUGUGGACCCCUGCGGAACCUCGCGUAUGGCAAACAUGAGAUAUGGUAAAUGUGGGAAAUGUUUUAAGAAGAAAUCAGCUCUGGUAUUACAUCAGAGAAAUCACACAGGUGAGAAGCCAUUUUCAUGUUCAGAAUGUGGUAAAUGUUUUAACCAGAAAUCAGAUCUUAUUAGACAUCAGAGAAUUCAUACAGAGGUGAAGCCAUUUUCAUGUUCAGAAUGUGGGAAAUGUUUUAACCAGAAAUCUGAUCUUAUUAAUCAUCAGAGAAUUCACACAGGGGAAAAGCCAUUUUUAUGUUCAGAAUGUGGGAAAUGUUUUAUGAAGAAAUCAGCUCUGGUUGUACAUCAGAGAAAUCACACAGGUGAGAAGCUAUUUUCAUGUUCAGAAUGUGGGAAAUGUUUUAACCAGAAAUCAGAUCUUAUUAAUCAUCAGAGAAUUCACACAGGGGAAAAGCCAUUUUUAUGUUCAGAAUGUGGGAAAUGUUUUAAGAAGAAAUCCGCUCUGGUUGAACAUCAAAGAAUUCACACAGGGGAAAAGCCAUUUUUAUGUUCAGAAUGUGGGAAAUGUUUUAAGAAGAAAUCAGCUCUGGUUGUACAUCAAAGAAUUCACACAGGUGAAAAGCCAUUUUCAUGUUCAGAAUGUGGGAAAUGUUUCAUGAAGAAAUCGGCUCUGGUUGUACAUCAGAGAAAUCACACAGGUGAGAAGCCAUUUUCAUGUUCAGAAUGUGGGAAAUGUUUUAACCAGAAAUCAGAUCUUAUUAAUCAUCAGAGAAUUCACACAGGGGAAAAGCCAUUUUUAUGUUCAGAAUGUGGGAAAUGUUUUAAGAAGAAAUCCGCUCUGGUUGUACAUCAGAGAAAUCACACAGGUGAGAAGCCAUUUUCAUGUUCAGAAUGUGGGAAAUGUUUUAACCAGAAAUCACAUCUUAUUAAUCAUCAGAGAAUUCACACAGGGGAAAAGCCAUUUUUAUGUUCAGAAUGUGGGAAAUGUUUUAUUAAGAAAUCAGCUCUGGUUGUACAUCAGAGAAAUCACACAGGUGAGAAGCUAUUUUCAUGUUCAGAAUGUGGGAAAUGUUUUAACCAGAAAUCAGAUCUUCGUAAUCAUCAGAGAAUUCACACAGGGGAAAAGCCAUUUUUAUGUUCAGAAUGUGGGAAAUGUUUUAGGAAGACAUCAGCCCUGGUUAAACAUAAAAAAACUCACAAAUAAGAGAAGACAUCUUCAUAUGCUUAGUUUGUUAGUAACCGCCCUUAUGUGUUUUUAUGGUGGUCACUAACUGGCUUUAUUCCAACACAUACUCCUUUUUACAGGGAGGUAAAAUAUCACCUUGCUUUCAGCUACCAGGUGUAGCUAAGGGUUUGGAGCAAUGAUCAGGGCCACUGUAAAGGUCCCCAAACACACAUGGUCUCCUGUAUUGACUAAAUACCGAUCAACUGACAGAUCCUUUUAAAAGUGAAAGUAAGCUUUGUUAUAUACAUACAUUUUCUCUAAAGAAAAAUGUUGGGUGAGAGGAUAAAAAUAAAAAAUAACUAAAGUUUGCUAAAGGCACCACCCUGCAUGUGAUCGGUAUGGGGGGCCCACACUUCCAAAUGAUGUGCGUGACUACGUGCCUGCCCAUACCAUCUGUACUCGGAAUAAGAUAUCCAGGACCAAACCACCUGGUCUGCUGUUACAUCUUUCCAUUCCUGAGUCGCCAUG